GGUCACUUCUAGGUGCUGCUGCUGAUGUCAGAAACUUGUACCGGUCCGGGGGUUUUGCAAAAUUGUAUGUUUUUUCAAUCACCGUGUACGUGUUGUGGCCGGAUACAACUAUGUCGUCGAACCGACUGGUUGGAACAGCAAUUGUUCCCGCGGUCGCGUGUAUCUCUUGUUUCGAACGACGUAGUAUGUUGAUCACAGUGGAAAUAAACAUCAGGAAUACUACGGAAGCAUGAGCGGAAAUAUCCAGGCAGGUGAUUGGGUUGUUUUGAAAGACAACUUUCGCGAGUGCGGUUUUGAGCCUCCAGAUUACGAUCUUGGGGAUCCACUGCCGGGCCAGCUCGGGAUGGCGCUCGCGGUUUUUGACCACGCCGAGGAGCAGACAUCUGAAGCCAGUCGCCCGCUUCAAAGUGACUUGUUCAGAAAUCCUAGUAGCAGAAGUGCAGACCAUGCGCAUGCCGCAACCCGCAUGAUCUUGGUUCGAGUUCGGCUCCUGCAUCGUGACCCGGGAUUUUUCGUGCAACAGAGGUCCUUCUCCCCGCCCAUUGUUGCAGACUUUGCUGACACGAGUACUUCUAGUUGUGGAGAUGAAGCAAAUAGUGGGGAGCAGCAAAAGAAGAAGAUCACUGACACCACUCUUCCCGACUGUGUGCUUCCUGAAUCGAUCCUACAGAGGGUAGAGGUACAGAAACUCCUCGUAAAUUUACCUGCUUUCCGGGGUUACCUGGAAAUCAAGGACAACACGUGCGGUGGCGCGAUGCUUGCCGGGUGCUACAACGCACUUCAACACCUGGACGCAAGCUGGGACCCGGAGCAGUGCGAGCUUUCCGCCGUCGGCAGCGAUGGCAGCUAUUGCCCAGCAAAUUUUAACGUGCUCGGCCGACUGCAGGGCUGGAGGACGGACGCUGGUGGUUCGGUAGGGGGUUCUGUGAGCUCCCAGAUCAUGGGGACUCGCAGGGACACGAGCACGGCACAAAGGCAGGAGUUCAAGAACGAGAGCAGUGGACGAUUUGGUUCGUCCUCGUCAAGACUCUCUUCCGCACGCCUGGAGGUAGAAGUGCCAGUUGGUGAAGAAGAAGAUCAUGCAAUUAUGGGAACGCCAGAAGAGGGGCCGCGUCUGUCGACCGUCUCAGGUGGCAACUUUGUUCCUGCAUCGCGGACCGGUUCUCCCACGGCAAAAAACGCCGCACUCGUCUCCGUCGAUUUGAAUACAGCUAUCGAGUUGCAGCCGACAAUCAAACUUACCAAUGACACUACAAGCACAACAAGCAAGAAGAGCCAGGGCUCGUCCCUUCAGGCUGAAACUGCAACACCAGCAGGAAGUAGAGAAAAGGAAACGCAAAAUAAAGUGCGAGUCCCGAAAAAUGUGCAGUUCGGGUUGCGCAAACUGCACAAAGUGGCUCUGGAAUCUUUGGAGGAAACCAAGCAACGCUUGGAGCGAAGUGAGGCUGCGGCCAACGGGACUUUGGUACAACGGAAAAAGCGUCUCGAGAAGGCCGUAGAGGAAUUGGUAGACGCCUACAAUCCUUGCACGUGGAAUAUAGGUAAUCUUGAGGUUGAGCGCGUGCUGAAGACCACAAGCGCGCAGGCUUUCUGCGGGGCAACUCGCGUAAUCGCGAGCCGGAACGUGGGGAAGGACAAAUUUGACGACUCGCCGGAUGGUGCCCGGCUCUUGUGGCAAACACUUUUCGACCUCGCUUCCGAGAGGGGUGGAGGCUGGGACAUUUGUUGUAACGCAACGCACAGGGCUGGCGCAACGGCGCCGGCGGGAAAUAAAUGUGGUUCUGCUGAAGAUGGUGCACCCGCGAAAGGAAGAGCUAAGGAACAAAAAGAAGUUCCCCACCGACGUGGUCCGGCGCAACCGCAGCUGCAAAAAAACAAAAGAAGUGCGCAGUUUUUGUUUCACCUGCACGGCGUACUGUCGGGCUCGUAUUUUGGCCAUUUCGCGCUGAUUUUUGCGAUUGUUGAGUACAAACUUGCUGCAGAAAAGGUCGACGGAGAUGUUGUGGAGGAGCACGCUAGUUGCAGUUCGUCGUCGAGGAGUACUGGAGGAGACAAAACACAAGAAAAAACCAAUGGCAGUCGAAUUGAUGAGUUGAGAACAAAGGACAAAACGAGCACGAGCACCUCCAGUCGGGCGCAACAAAAAGGAGAAGUUUAUCGCCAAAUCCUCACCGCCCGUAGCUAUCAGGGUCCGAGGCAUUGGAUUUCCGCCGAAUUGAUGCAGAAAUGGAUCUACCGGCUAAAGUUUACUGGCUAUGAAAUUCGGCUAGUUCAUUAGACAAUCUUCGAGGCGAGUGAGAAUAUUAGAAGAAACAAACCCGAUAAACAAAAAACGACAGAGAAAAAAACCCGAAGAAUGAUGUGCAUGACUGUGCUUCCGACGCAGCCGCCAGCGUUAGUGCGACAGGUGAGUCUAGGAACCGACAAUAAAUAUCAUCUCGAACAACUUUUGAUCGUCCGAGAGCGAGCCUCCGGAUUCCGUGAUUGUUAAUCGCUGAAUUAUACGUAUCAGACCGACGUACUUGUCUUGUUCUCUG